AUCGAAAGAAAAUGAAAAGGAAUCGCAGAGAAAUUUCUUCGGGGCAACCGCAAAGACUGUAACACCUGCUUCAAGAUUGAGAAAGAGGAGAAAUUUUCCAUGGAGACAGGUUGAGGGAUUCUAGUUCUUCAGCCUCCAUCGUUUUGAAACAACAAUUUGGAUCAUCUUUUUCUGUUUACUUUUUUUUUUUUGGUCGUCGUCGUCGUCGUCAUCAAUGGCUGACCAAUCGGAGUCGUCGCCUCUCAUGGCUCCACCGCCGAUCGUGGACGCCAGCGAGAUCGACCUCGAGGCUGGUCCCGCCGACCAAAUUCAGUGUAGAAUUUGCCUCGAAACUGACGGUAGAGAUUUUAUUGCUCCUUGCAAAUGCAAAGGUACCUCGAAGUAUGUGCAUCGGGAAUGUUUAGAUCAUUGGCGAGCUGUAAGGGAAGGGUUCGCUUUUGCUCAUUGUACAACUUGCAAAGCCCCAUACCAUUUGAGAGUUCAAGGUGCUGCCGACAGGAAGUGGCGAACCCUUAAAUUUCGAUUCUUUGUGACCAGAGAUAUUCUCUCAAUAUUUAUGGCUGUUCAGCUUGUCAUCGCUUCACUGGCAUAUUUGGUGUAUUUAAUUGAUGGUUACCAUAACUCAUGGCUCCGCCUAACUUGGGGUUUUGAUAAUGUGCUCAGUUUCUAUUACAUAUGCGGAGCGCUAUUAUUUUUUGCUUUACUGGGGUUAUCUGGAUGCUUCAUUACUUGUUAUGAUAGAAGAGUGCGCAAUGAUUUGGCUCAACCUUGUCGAGAGUUAUGUCUGUGUUGCUGUCAUCCUGGAAUGUGUGCGGACUGCCAUUUACCUGGCACUCUUUGUAUGUGGACUGACUGUGCUACAUGCUUUGAGAGCUGUGCUAGUGCUGCUGGUGAAUGCGGUUGCAUAGGAGGUGCUGGCGAAGCAGGGUUACCAUUAUUGUUCAUAAUGGCAUUAAUUGUGCUUGGACUAUUUACGUUGAUUGGCAUAUUCUAUAGUGUUUUGGUGGCUACAAUGGUUGGACAACGGAUCUGGCAGCGGCACUAUCACAUACUUGCAAAAAGAAUGCUGACAAAAGAAUAUGUUGUUGAGGAUGUUGAUGGCGAGAUGUCUGGAACUGAUUGGUCUCCUCCGCCUCUCCCACCUGAGCAUGUCCAGCAGCUGAAAUCACUAGGCCUUCUGUGAGUUCCCCUACUUUGCCAACAACAGCAUAAUGUAAAGUUUAGCUGGCACCAUAUCUUGUUAAGUUGGUGAUCGAUCUCAUCACUAUAAUAUGAGCUCAUGAAUACACUUACCACUAGAAAAAAAAAAAAAUGAAGAGAACUUAUAUAUUGUUCAGUUACAUUAAUGUUACUUGUAACUGUGAAUGAUCAUGGGAUACUCCCUUGAUUUUUUUUUUUUUUUCUUUUCAAACUUUCAUGAUUCCCGUAACUGUUGCAAUUCGAUUUGCUUGUUUACUAUGAGGAAACAAUGAAACUAAUGACAAGUAUUUCAAUGAGAUUGUAUUAAAAAUUAAAUGUAUCC